CCCUUGUUUUCGCCAGGACGCUCUCGCGGGCCAAGAAGGUCUGGUCGAGACUCGUCGCUCGUCGCCAGUCGGUCCGAAGACGCCGGCUACGAGACACCCCGGGAGGACGUACAGGAGGCAAUGGCUUCUCGAGAUGCUGCGUUCACCACAGCAGAAUACGGCAGAAGCAUUGUCGCCCCACUACUAAUUGCAAAGACUUCCCAACAUACGAACUUAGCUGAGCUACUAAAAGAUGAAACUCAGAAAAAUGGACAAAUUUUUGAUCCUGAAGAAAGGUUCAAAGUCAUCUUUAAGGAUGAAGACGACUCCCUGGCGCUGUUCUUCCAGCACAUCAGGCCGAGCGACGGCGGCGUCUACACCUUCGUGGCGUCCACAGCUUGCGGGAAGAUACUCUGCAACACCGAGCUGGUAGUGUCAGGUGCACUAGACCACCUCCGCAAGCCGGAACCGCCGAUUGUAACGGUGGAUACUCGACCGACCGAAGUGAGUCUGGGCGACACCGCAGUUUUCGAGCUGAGAGUGCAGGGCCAUCCAAGACCUGACAUCAAAUGGUUGAAGAACGGGAAGGAGAUACAGACCGGGGGCCGAAUCCGCUCGGUGCGGGAAGGCGACGACAGCAUCUCGCUGAUAGUCCGGGAGGUGGCCGCGGAGGAUGCUGGGAAGUACACGGUGGUGGUCAGCAACCGCGCGGGCGAGAGCAGCACGCAGUUUGACCUGCUCAUCACUGCUCCUCCGAAAAUCAAGACGAAGAUCGAGGACAGCUCAGUCAAGAUCGGGGAAACGUACAAGGUGACUGCGGAAGUAGAGGGGAUACCCACUCCUGAAGUCAAAUGGUACAAGAACGGCAAGCAGGUGGUCAGCUCGAGCCGGGUGAAGGUGAAGCAGGAGUCGGCAGGGGUGUACACGCUGACGGUCAGCGACGCCCAGCUCGAGGACUCGGGGGCGUACCUGCUGGUCGCCGCCGCCGGAGACGCCGCCCAGACCUCCCAGUUCUGGAGGUUCACCGUCCUGUCCCCGCCGCAGUUCCUCAAGACCCUGAGGAAGGCCGUCGACCUGCGGGAGGACGACAGCCUCGUGCUGGAGGUCAAGGUCGAGGGCGACCCCAAGCCGGAGAUCAAGUGGGUGAAGGACGGCAGAGAGGUGACGGCGGACGGGAAGCGAGUGACCGUCUCGGACGACGGCCACACGCACACCCUGACCCUGUGCAAGGUGUCCCGCCGUGACAUGGGGCUGUACUCGUGCGAGGCGUGGAACGACCACGGCUGGACCAAGGACGAGAGCCAGGUGAACGUGCGCUGCGCCCCGGAGAUCCUCCGAGACCUGCGCGACCUCACGGCCGGCGAGGGCGACGCCGGCGUCGAGCUCUCCGUCGCCGUCGCGGGCUACCCCAAGCCGAUCGUCAAGUGGUACCUGAACGACAACGAGAUCCGAGACAAGUCGGGCGACUUCGAGAUGUCCGAGGAGGGCGGCGCCCACACGCUGACCUUGAGGAACGUGACCACUGACGCGGCAGGGAAGUACACCGCCAAGGCCGUGAGCGACCAAGGGACCAACGAGAGCAGCUGCUCCCUCACCGUCAACUACAAACCGCGCUUCCAGAAGCCGGAGAAGGACAGAGUGGAGGCGGACGAAGGCCAGACGCUGACCCUGACCUUCCUGUGCUCGGCGGAGCCGCAGCCCGAGGUGAAAUGGUACAAGGAUGGCCAGGAGCUGAAGGAGGGCGGCAGCGUCAAGACGAGGCGUGACGGGGAGACGUGCACCCUCGAGGUGGCCCAGGUGAAGGGGCGGGACUCCGGGGAGUACGAGGCCCGGGCCGUCAACGCCAUGGGCACCGCCUCCGCCAAGACCUGCGUCCAGAUCAACACAUGCCCUGAAAUCCUUUCAUCAGACAUGGAAGACAGGAUGAUAUACGAGUCUCUGGGUACAACGUACGAGGUUAAAGCAACGGGUGUUCCACGACCAGAAGCUAAGUGGUUCAAAGACGGAGAGCCGCUGAAGUCCUUGGACCAUGUGAAGCUGUGCGACUCGGGAGACAACUACAGGUUGGAACUGAAGGAUGCGACCUUGGCGGACGCCGGGGUGUACAAGUGCGUCGUAGCGAACCGCCUGGGGGAGAAGUCCCAGGAGGCCAAGCUGUCUCUCUCGCCUGUGCAAGGAUUCAGAGGCCCAGUGGUGAAGGCGGAGCCAAAGGACGUGUCGGCACCGAAGAACGGGGAAGUUGUGAUGACGUGCGUGAUUGUUGGCGACCCUGUUCCGGAAGUUAAGUGGUUCCACGACGGCGUGGAGUUGAAGCCGAGCGAGAGGCUGGUGUUCUCCACGGACGUCAAGGAGCUGGAGAACGGCCUGAAGGAAUGCACGUACGCGAUGCGGAUCGCGUCGGGGCAGCACGGCGACACCGGCGUGUACAAGGUCGCGGCCACCAACAAGCACGGCUGCAACGAGACCGAGGCCCGGCUGGACGUGCUGCUCGUGCCUGAGAUCUCAGAGCUGAAGGACGCCAUGAGGAUCCCCCACGAGAGCCUGGAGCUCGAGGUCGUCAUCCUGGCCAAUCCCAGGCCUCAAGUCGUGUGGACGAGGGACGGCAAGCAGCUGUCAGACGGCGAGCACACGGCCGUCUCGGAGGACCCGGUCCGGGAGGUGUACGGGCUGGCGAUACGAGACGUCGCGCCAGAGGACGACGGCCUGUACGUGGUGACCGCCCGCAACAGCCGCGGCGAGACGAGCCGGCAGGCCAGGCUGACCGUGCACUCUGAAAUGCCUUCCCUGGUGAAGAAGCUGGAGAAUCAAGUGGUCAAGGCUUACGACGAUGCUGAGUUCAUGGUCAGAUCGAAUGGGGUCCCCAGACCGCAAAUUAAGUGGUUCAAGGAUGGUAGAGAACUAAGAACAGGGGACCGCAUCACGAUCGAGGCGGGCUCAGAGGUACUGGAGUCCAGUCAUUUGCUGAUCAAGCAUUUCCAGGAAUCAGACGAAGGCAAGUACACGGUGGAGACGUCGAACAUAGUGGGCAAGGCUGAGAGCUCGGCCAAGCUCACGCUCGCGCAGAUCCCGCCCUCCUUCGGCCGGGCCUUCGAUCGCGUGGUGGACCUGGAGGAGGGAGACGCCCUGGACCUCAAGAUGAAGCUGGACGGCAGCCCCGUGCCCACCGUCAAGUGGUGCAAGGACGGAGUGGAGCUUCAGGCGAGCGAUCGCGUGAGGAUAACGACUCUUCCGGACGGAACCACGCGACUGCAGAUAGAAGGCGUGACGCCCGAGGAUCAAGGCAUCUAUAGCCUGACCGCCUCCAACAGGAACGGACAUUUGCAGACCAAGUGUUCCGUUUCCAUCAAGUCGGACCCUCGUAAACCGCAGUUCGUCCAAGCGCUGGAGGAUGUGACUCUUGUGGCGGGGGAGUCUCUGAGGCUGAGUGCGCAGGUGAAAGGCUUCCCUGCUCCGGAAAUAAAGUGGUUCAAGGACGGCCGCCCGCUCCUCUCGUCGCCGACGGUGGAGAUGGCGACCCUGCCGGGUGGCAUGGCGGCGCUCCACGUGGCGCGGGCGCGGCUGGACGACGCCGGCCGCUACUCGCUGACGGCCUCCAACAAGAUGGGGACCGUCUCGUGCGAGGCGAGCGUCGCCCUGGAGACGCGCGAGCGCAAGCCUGUCUUCCUGCAGCAGCUCAUCCCGUACUCCGCCGUGGAGGGCUUCCCCGUCAAGCUGGAGGUCAAGGCCGUGGGCAACCCGCGGCCGACACUCUCCUGGACCUACAACGGCAAGCCGUUCGCGCCGGACGGCCACAACAUCAGUCUGUCGGAGCAGCCCGACGGCACCACGAGCUUCGUCAUAGCCGAGGCGAGGCCGGAGCACGCUGGCGAGUACGAGGUCACCGCCACCAACGAGAAGGGCUCGGAGACCUCCCGGGGACGCCUCAAAGUUUUGGCGAAGCAACUGGACUCACCAGAGAAGAAGCCGGAAUUCGUAAGCGGCAUGAAAGACGUCGCAGCAGACGAAGGCACCACGCUCACUUUCGAAACGACGUUUGAGGGCAACCCCAUCCCGGACGUGAUAUGGAAGCAAGACGGCCAGCCUCGCGUCCUCUCUGACCGAGUGCUCCUGACUUGCGAUGGCCAGAAGAUGGGUCUCCAGAUCAAGCCGGUGCGAAUGAGUGACGACGGCACCUACAGCUGUCAGCUGAAGAAUCCCCUCGGAUCGGUGCAGUCGUCUGCGAAGGCGACCGUCCGCAAGGUUUACCAGGCUCCGAAGUUUGUUCAGUCGUUCACAGACAUACAGCAGCUUCCCAACUUAGAUGCCAAAUUCCUCGCACGGAUCGUGGCCAACCCACAGGCAGACGUCACGUGGUACCUGAACGGCGAGCCUAUCAAACAGUCGGCCAAGUACGAAAUCAAGAGAACAGGCGACGCAUACUACCUCCACGUUAAAGACUGCACGCCUUCAGACAGCGGGAAGUACAAGUGCGAGGCUGCCAACUUUGAAGGUGUUGCGACGUGCGAAGCAAAUCUCACGGUCGUCCAAAAAAUAGAGGAGGAGGUGAAGGCGGAGCCCCCGGAGUUCCUGAAGCGCGUCCGCGACUGCGACGUGUACGAGGGCAUGACGGCCAAGUUCACGGCGUGCGUGUCGGGCGCGCCGGAUCCCGGGGCGGAGUGGUCGCGCGGGGGCGUGCCCCUGGUACCCGGCGGGCGCGUCCGUCUGGAGGAUGAGGGCGCGGGACUGCUGAGGCUCACCGUCGAGAAGGUCGAGCCGGCGGACGCCGGCCGCUACAAGCUCCGGAUCUUCAACCAGCACGGCGAGGCCUCCUGCGAGGCGGAGCUCGUCUGCGAAUCGAGGAGGACCGUGCAGGAGCCGGCCAACCAGGGCACCGUGAAGCGCUCCUUGUCGUGGAGGCCCCCGUCGGUGUACUCGGGGACGCACUCCAUGCGAGCUUACUCCCCCUACAGCCCCAAGUACUCCUCCGUCAAGUCCAGGUAUUCACAUAUGUGAGGUCCUCAUAACUGCCGUCACAGAGAGAAACCUGGCCCCAAGAAAAGUCUUCCUUGAAAACUGUAUAUAAUAAAACCUGGCGUGUAUCUCGUUCGUGUGGAUAAUGGCAGUAGAACAGCCAAGACUUCACUGGUUGAUUGUAUCAACACUACUGGAAUUAUACCUACAGUUUAGCACUGAUAAGUGACAGUCAUUAUCAAUUAUAUGACAUAUUUCUAGUGCUGGUGACCAAUGCUCAGUAUCUGUUUGGUGAUGUUUAUUUGCUGUGUGUGUCUUGUGCUGUAAAAUCAACUGUAUGUUAUUUAAUUCGUAACGAAUCAGUUUCUAGUUGGUAGAUAAACGAAAGUCAUGUUGCAAAAAAUAAGAAGUAUCAGUAAAUGUCGGAGUAAGAAAAUUAAUCAAAUUAAUAGAAAUUAUUGUAAAUUAUUGUUUUCUCCAUGUUUUUACCUCUGAACCAAAUGGCCCUAAGUCACAAUUGGGGUAUCUUUCAGGAAAGUGAGGAGAAAAAAAACUGUUUUUUCAACGUGUUUUCUUUCCAUCAACCACCAUAUGUGUGUGUCUGGCCAGAAGGAAUUUAUUAUUAAUUUCUUCCAAAUUGGAAUUUUUUUCCCAACAGCCACAGGUAAAUAACAUGUAGAUAGACUUAUGUUAGUCUGACUUAAAUAAAUAUUUGGAGUUAUACUCUUAUAGCUCUUGCUGAAUGUUUUAGGAUUUUUUUGAUUGAUUUACAGUGUUUUGGUUUAAUAGAAAAUUAAAUUUUAAAUAAAUAAUCUGCAAUAAAACAAGAAUCACCGAUUUUGAACUUAAGGAUUGUGUUACUCCAUACUUGUUGAAUUUUGUAACAUUAAUAUGUAACUGUCCUAUGUAACGUCAACUGAAAAACUGUUUGGAAUGCAUUACUGCAUUAGAUACGGUUUUGUGCUUUAUUCUGUUCCAAAUAUUGUCUCUGACAACAGAAGAUGCACUUGUCUGUGACAGGCUAUUAAAAUUUUCUAAUAAAAUAAUAGUUGAAAAAUUGAA